ACACUGUCUGAAUAGUCUUUCCUUUUAUAUCGGAUUCAAUAUCACAGGUCCUGUUUCAUAUUGUACAUAAUAACAAACAGAUCACAGAUUUAAAUACGUAUUCUCAACAUAUAGUAUUAUACAUUGUGAGAUCAAAGAGAGAAUGGCAAGUCUAAAAGUUCCAGAAUUGGUUCCUUCUCCAGCUGAGGAUUCUCAGCAACUUAGGAAAGCUUUUGUAGGAUUGGGAACGGAUGAAGCAUGUAUUAUUCGGAUCUUGGGUCAUAGAAAUGCAGCACAGCGUAAGUUAAUCCGAGAUACUUAUGAAGCAACUUAUCAAAAGGAUCUUCUCGAGGACUUGGAUGGAGAAAUAUCAGGUGACUUUCAGCGUGUAGUGCAUUUGUGGACAAUGGGUCCAGCUGAGCGCGAUGCAUGCUUGGCUAACGAGGCUAUCAAACGUCUGCCUGGUAGCAGCUGCAUUAUCAUGGAAAUUGCUUGUGCCAGGUCUUCCGUUGACCUCUUUAAGUCGAGGCAGACCUACCAAGCUCUUUACAAGAAAUCACUUGAGGAAGAUGUUGCUGAUCACUCGACUGGGGAUUUCCGUAAGCUUUUGGUUUCUCUUGUAACUGCACUAAGAUAUGAGGGAGAAGAGGUGAACAUGGAAUUGGCCAGUGAUGAAGCAAAGAUUCUACAUGAGAAGAUCUCUGACAAGGCUUAUAGUGAUGAGGAGCUCAUCAGAAUUCUUUCGAUUCGCAGUAAAACACAGCUCAAUGCAACAUUUAAUCAGUACAAUGAUAAAGUUGGCAAUGCCAUCAACAAGGAUUUGAGAGCCAAUCCUAAGGAUCAAUACUUGACCUUACUCAGAUCAGCAAUAAAGUGUUUGACAGAACCCGAGAAGUACUUCGAGAAAGUUCUUCGAUUGGCUAUGAAGGGGUGGGGGACAGACGAAGAGUCGCUUACUAGAGUUGUUGCAACUCGAGCUGAAGUCGAUAUGGAGCUCAUUAAAGAGAAGUACUACAAGAGGAACAGUGUGACUCUGGACAGUGCAAUUUCUGAUGACACUUCAGGAGAUUAUGAAAAAAUGCUUCUGGCCUUACUUGGGCAUGGAAAUCUUUGAAUGACACAAGUAUGGUGUAGGAUAUGAGAAGUGUUCCCCGAAUUCUGCAGUUUUGAGUUUACUUCAAGGA